UAGAUAUAAGAGGGAUGGCUCUUGGUUUGCAUUACUGUCUACUGUCUAUAAUGGCUAUGUAUCUGAAGUGUUUGAAAGUCUGAAUGACUAAUUAGUUUUCAGCUUUAAUUUUCUAUAUGAUGGACUUCUUUUAGUUCUCAGUGUUGACGAAACUCCUUAGUCUCUAUUCAUGAAAUUUAUAUCCCUGGUAUUCACUAUACUGUUGUUUUUAUAGCCCAAGAGCAACCUUCAGUUUCGAUAUUGAACAUUUAACUAAUAAACUGGCAAGAGUAGUUGCUGUUGGGAGUUCCCAGGUUAGCCAUUUUGGGUAAUGACUAUCCAUAGCGUAUACUGCAUGCAAUAUGUUGUUUGGUCUUCAACUGAAAUUGCUUAUGCAGACGAUGCUACUGUACUUGAGUAUUCCUAUCUCCCUAGGAUAGACCUGUGGUUUCUGAAUCUCUUAACAGGGUUUAGCUAAAAUUUGCUCAUGAUAUAAAUGAUGAGGAAUUAAACUCUAAAAACUCAUUUAUGAUUGAUUGUUAGUAGAUCUGGGAGUAAUGAAGAAAAUGACUUUGGAAUGCACGCAAUUGCUAAUAAAGUUGAGGAAGGUGAAAACGACCAACACAAUGCAGAAAUGCUAGUGAGAUGAGGUGCCAUAGUAUCGAAAAAUUCACGAAAUUGCUAACCAAAAUAAAAUAAAUGCCUGACAGAGUGAACUGUCCCCAAGACGAUAUUCAGUAAACUUAAAUAUUUCCUUCCGUAUCAGAAAAAAUGAAAGACAAAGAGAGGCCACAGCCUGGCAACGUUAAUCGUUCUUAUGUAGUCACUACAACUGGUGAGAAAAUGCCUGAGGAGGUCAGACUAAGGAGAUUUGGGGGAAACAGGUCUUGUGGAUAAGCGUUCAUCAUUUUAAAAGACAGAUAUGUGGUAUAAUUGUGAUUAAAUAACCAUAUGACUGGAGUACUAGAGCUACGUUUUGGACCCUUACCUUUUCAGAGCAAUACAAAAGCUGUAAUUCGUAGAUGGGCGAAUUGCUGGAUUCAUGUAGAAAGUGUCUGUUAUGUUCAGGCAUAUGGUAAUGAGAAGUUAUAGUUUAUGGACUGGUAAUGGGAUGAAGAUGAAUGUGCGCAUGGAAUAAAAAAAUAUAUACAUUUUGAAAAUAUUCUUAAAACGUUUUCUGCAGCAAACUUUUUAUUCCAGUAACUGCUACGAAAACUAGAGUAAACUGGACUGAAGCUCCUAUGGAAUAGCUAUAUUGACCCAUCUCCUUUACGCUACUUAAUUUACACCUCCAUGCAAAACCACUGGAACUGAGGCUAUCAUGUGGGCAAACUUAGUGACUAAAAAUCUGAGCUACUAGCAUUAUUUGCUAAUAAACUCAUAAUAUUGGAGCAUUUGAAUCUCAUGUUUAGCAGGUCUACUUUAAAUCCUCUAAAAACUUGAUAUCUAGAAUUGCAUCCUACUAGAAACAUGUCAAGCCCUUUACAAUAAGACUUUUGAUCAUUUUUUCGGUCCUAAUUUCUGUUCUCCGCAUCAUUAUCAAAAAUCGUGCUCUGUAGUUGUCAAUCCUCAAAUAAUUUUUCCCUCAGUUCAUUUGCCAUCUAUAAUCCUGUCUCCUUCCCUUGAGGGCAUUCUGCUUACAAGAUCAGCAGAGUGGUCAUUUCCGUGUGGAGCAGCCAGGCGUCUGUCUACUAUGAAUCAUAUAUGUAUGAAUCUCAAAUUGGCAGUCCUGUUAUUGGCAGUUGUGUCUUCAAACAUUGAAGGUAGACCACAAGAGAUAGUGGCAGAGAACGAGGAAAAUCCAUGGCCACUGAGCUUCAUAGCGAAUAUCUUUGGGCUUCGAGACAGAGACACAACAAUCCAAACUUCCAAGAGCGGACCUAAUCUAUUUCGUGAAGUUGCUGCCACUGGCCGUUCUGUCAAUAAUGGAAUUCGGAAAUUAUUUUCUGACCUUUGGACUUCAAGUGCACAAGCAUUCGUUGGGAUGAACAGUGCUUUUAGAGAAACAGCUGUCGAAGCUCUGAAAGGGGUUGGUAAUGUUAUGAGCGCCACAGGUGACUUUAUGCAAGAUGCAGUUCGUGCAGGAGGAAAACUUGCGUCAACCGCUGUGACCAGCAGUCUAAACAUUACCCGUGAUGCCAUUGGUGCUACUGGGCAGCUCGUCGGCAACGUAGCUCGCAGCACUGCCAGAGGAUUUGGUGAAACUGCAAAGUCUACUGUUGACUUUGUUGAUGGCGCAGUUGGCGGCAUUGGACGCUAUACCAAUUCAGCCAAUGAUGUUGCAAGACGCUUAACUAUCAGUAGCAUAGACAGCUUUACUGAUCAGAAUUAAUCUGCAGCACUCAGUUCAUUCUCAUUUGCCUGUGAUCAACGUGUAUGCCUACAGAUAAAAAAAAAUCAAUUAUUGCAAAAAUAUGACAGUUAUCAUAUCAUUAAUGCAUAUAAUAAUUUUCAUAAUAAUGACUG